CUCAGACAGUCGUUGACAGUGAGAGGUGACAUGGCGCAGAAAGGAGUUCAGCUGGACCGGGAGACCUUCUCUUGUUCCGUCUGUCUGGAUCUACUGAAGGAUCCGGUGACUAUUCCCUGUGGACACAGCUACUGCAUCAGCUGUAUUAAAAGCUUCUGGGAUGAAGAGGAUCAGAAGAGAAUCCACAGCUGCCCUCAGCGUAGGCAGACCUUCACACCGAGGCCUGUCCUGGUGAAAAGCACCAUGUUAGCGGUUUUAGUGGAGGAGCUGAAGAAGACUGGACUCCAAGCUGCUCCUGCUGAUCACUGCUAUGCUGGACCUGAAGAUGUGGCCUGUGAUUUCUGCACUGGGAGAAAACUGAAAGCUGUGAAAUCUUGUCUGGUUUGUCUGGCCUCUUACUGUGAGAAACACCUGCAGCCUCAUUAUGAUGUAGCUCCAUUAAAGAAACACAAGCUGGUGGAGCCCUCCAAGAAGCUCCAGGAGAACAUCUGCUCUCGUCAUGAUGAGGUGAUGAAGAUGUUCUGCCGCACUGAUCAGCAGUGUAUCUGUUAUCUCUGCUCUGUGGAUGAACAUAAAGGCCACGACACAGUCUCAGCUGCAGCAGAAAGGACUGAGAGGCAGAGAGAGCUCCAGCUGAGGCGACAACAAAUCCAGCAGAGAAUCCAGGACAGAGACAAAGAUGUGAAGGUGCUUCAACAGGAGGUGAAGGCUAUCAAUGGCUCUGCUGAUAAAGCAGUGGAGGACAGUGAGAAGAUCUUCACUGAGCUGAUCCGUCUCAUGGAGAAAAGAAGCUCUGAUGUGAAGCAGCAGAUCAGAUCCCAGCAGAAAACUGAAGUGAGUCGAGUCAAAGAGCUUCAGGAGAAGCUGGAGCAGGAGAUCACUGAGCUGAAGAGGAAAGACGCUGAGCUGAAGCAGCUCUCACACACAGAGGAUCACAACCAGUUUCUACACAACUACCCCUCACUGUCACGACUCAGUGAAUCUACAGACUCAUCCAGCAUCAAUAUCCGUCCUCUGAGCUACUUUGAGGACGUGACAGCAGCUGUGUCACAACUCAGAGAUAAACUACAGGACAUUCUGAGAGACACAUGGACAAACAUCUCACUGACUGAAGUGGAUGUUUUACUGUCACAACCAGAGCCCAGGACCAGAGCUGGAUUCUUAAGAUAUUCACAGAAAGUCACGCUGGAUCCAAACACAGCACACACACAUCUGUUAUUAUCUGAGGGAAACAGAAAAGCAACAGUAAUGAGUCAACAACAGUCUUAUUCUAGUCACCCAGACAGAUUCACUUCAUAUUGGCAGGUCCUGAGUAGAGAGAGUCUGACUGGACGUUGUUACUGGGAGGUGGAGUGGAGAGGAAAAGGAGUUAAUGUAGCAGUCGCAUACAAGAAUAUCAGCAGAGCAGGGAGCUCAAAGGAAUGUGGAUUUGGAUACAAUCACAAAUCAUGGGUGUUAGAUUGUUACCAAAACAGUUUUUCAUUUAGGUUCAACAACAUCAGAACUCCAGUCUCAGGUCCUCGGUCCUCCAGAGUAGGAGUGUACCUGGAUCACAGAGCAGGUGUUCUGUCCUUCUACAGCGUCUCUGGAACCAUGACUCUCCUCCACAGAGUCCAGACCACAUUCACUCAGCCUCUCUAUGCUGGACUUGAGUUUUACUUUUAUGGAGACACAGCAGAGUUGUGUAAACUGAAAUAGACAGAAGUGAGUUCAAAUGUGUGUUUGAGUUCCUAAGUGUAUUUUGUGUCUUUGUGUUUGUUGCUGAGUCAUCGUCAGCACUUUGACCUCUUCUGGUUUCUUGUUGUGUUGAUGUUGGAGUUUCUUUAGGUGGAGCUGGAGCCAUGGAGGAUAUCACUGCUCAGGAACAUUUGUGUUGAUGUGUUUGUCUGUUGUUGUUUGGGCCUUAACAGAGAAAUCACCAGACCUUCCUUUAUCACAGAUGUAUUGCUCUCAUUGUGUAAAGACAGAAAUCUAUAAUUACAUUUACAUUUAUGUGUUUGUCAGAUCAAAUGUUGUUGUUGUUUAAAUUCACUUACAAAUAAGAUCUGAGGUUUUAUCAAACUGUAACUAUCAUGAUAAUAAUCAGUGAGGAGAUGAUUCAUUAUUUUCUUUCCCUCUCUGAGAUUCAGGUGAAACAAACUGAAUGUGGAUGAAGUGAAUCUGUUCAUGAAAUCACUGAACGAGAGUCAUUGAACAGACUUUACUGACUCAGUGUGUGAACAAACUGAAGCUUCACGUCAUGAAUAAAGUUGAUUUUCCUACAUUGAAUAAACAUGGUAUUUGAAAUUGCAGCUUAAAAAUUUAAAGACAAAUAAUACUAAAAUACUCAAAGUGUCUUUUCAAACCACGUCUCUUUAUGAAGCUUGUGAAAACACAACAAAUAAACCAAAAUUUCACUCAUUCAAAAAAAGAUCUCUAACAAGUGUUGUAGUCUGCAUGACCAUUAAACACUGAA